AUGCUUCAAAUCAAACAGAAUAACCAGACCAUAAGACAUAAUACUCAACAACAGUAUGUCCCUCUCAAAUGUGCGAAUAUCGAAGCAACAGUUCGAUCGUUUGCUGCCAACGUAACCAUAACACAAGUGUUUCGAAAUGAUGAAACGACACCGAUCGAAGCAGUUUAUUGUUUUCCAAUGGAAGAACAAGCAGCUGUGUAUGCUUUUCGAGCUGUUAUUGACGACCGAGAGAUUAUUGCUGAAUUGAAAGAGAAGAAAGAAGCUCAACAAGAGUACAAUGAUGCACUUCAACAAGGUCAUGGUGCUUACAUGCUCGAACAAGAUGAAAACUCGCCGGACAAUUUCAUCAUCAACGUUGGUGCACUUCUACCUGGCAAAGAAUGCAAAAUAAUCAUCUCCUAUGUCUCUGAGUUAGAUCUUGUUGAAAAUGGUACAAAAAUUCGACUUGUCGUUCCAACAUCGAUUGCACCUCGCUACAAUCCAGGCAAGGGUGGUAUUAGUUCACCUGCUGGUACUACUACAAAUUAUGUACAGUCAAGUUCGUUUACGAUCGAAUUUCACUGUCGCAUAGAAAAAGCUGGCAUUGCUCGUAUCAGUUCACUAUCUCAUCCGAUUCAAAUCGAUUUCGCUCAACUAGAUGUCUAUGUAGUCGAAUUUGCUCAAAAAGAUACUCAUUUAGAUCGUGACAUUCUCGUAGACAUUGAAUUGGCGAAAACUCGACCGAACACAAUUGUAGCGAUUGAACAAGGAGCAAUUAUGGCCUCGUUCACGCCUACCGAAGAAGAUUGUCGGCUUGCUCUGAACAAUGCUGGCAUCACCAAUGAAUUCAUGUUUAUUGUCGACUGUAGUGGAUCGAUGGACAGUGAGAACAAGAUCGAAGUCGCUCGCCAAACCUUGGAACUUUUUCUCAAGAGUCUUCCUGUCGGUUGUCAUUUUAAUAUCAUUCGAUUCGGAAGUGAACAUAAGACUUUGUUCAAUGAUGUCACAGUCAUUUAUAAUGAAGACAAUGUUCAGAAAGCUCAGCAGCUUACUAAAAAUAUGACGGCAGAUUUAGGUGGGACUGAGUUGAUGAAACCUUUUCAAUGGUUGGAAGAGCAUCCACCUACACAAGGUCAUUCUCGUCAAAUUUUUCUUCUAACGGAUGGUGAGAUUUCGAAUGUUAACCAAGUGCUUGAUCUAUGUCGGUCGAUGUCUACAUCGACUCGAAUCUUUUCGUUUGGUUUGGGUUCAUCCCCAAGUCGCUCGCUUGUCAAAGGUCUUGCUCGUGCAACGAAUGGUCGUUUCGUCUUCAUUCCUCCCAACACAACAAGUGUUAAUGUGUAUGUCGACGAACAAUUGCGUAAAGCACUCCAACCAUGUAUUACCAAUGUUCAAAUCAAAUGGAAUGUAGCUACACCAGUGACUAGUGUGCCAAUCAAGACACCACCUGUCUAUGUCAAUGAUCGUUUGAUUGUUUAUGCUAUGAUCAAUGACACAUCGAUAGCGUUUGAUCAUCAGGCAAAUAUCGAAUUGUACGUUGGCCAACAUCGUUUAGGAGGAGUUCAAAUCGAUCGAAUUCCGAGUGUAAGCAAUGAUGAAACAAUUUCUCGGCUAGCUGCUAAAGCACUCAUCCUUGAAUUGCAACAUUCAAAAGUGCCAUCAUCAACAGAAAAAAAUAUUGCUGGCUCGAAACAAGCUCGAUUCCAAGAACAAAAUCAACAGUCCACGACGAAGCUAGAUGGUACGAAAGAAGAGACAAAGAAACGUAUAAUCGAACUUUCACUUCAGUACAACAUUCUCAGUCCACAUACAGCAUUUGUUGGUAUUGAAAAGCGUGUUAAUGGCAACAAUGUCGAUAUGGCCCUACGCGAAAUACCUAUUCAAGUAUCGGCUGACGACAAACAUGUGGUACCAUCACUGAUUCCCAAUGUUUCAACCAAUGCUCGAUGGGCACAAAAUGGAAUGACCGUUGCUGGAAGUCAUGGAAAGGGAAAUUCUACUAAUCAACUCUGGGGUCCUUGUGGUCUUUUUGUUGAUGAUGAUCAGAUAAUGGUCAUCGCUGACUGUUUCAAUCAUCGUAUCGUCCAAUGGAGAAUGGGUGAUAUGAAUGGACAAGUGGUGGCUGGUGGUAAUGGCAAUGGAAAUCGACUGGAUCAAUUGAAUGGUCCAACUGAUGUACUCAUCGACAAAGAGACAGAUAGUCUCAUUGUCUGCGACCGAGAGAAUCGACGAGUUGUACGAUGGUCUCGCCGUAGUGGCACUACCAAAGGAGAGAUUCUGAUCGACAAUAUUGCUUGUUGGGGAAUGGCUAUGGAUGAUCAGAGAUAUCUCUACAUCUCUGACAUUGAAAAACAUGAAGUAAGACGCUAUCAGAUGGGAGACAACCAUCGAGCCCUCGUAGCCGGUGGCAAUGGCGAAGGCAAUGGUUUGAAUCAACUCAAUAUGCCGACCAACAUAUUUGUCGAUCCACAACAGACUGUAUACGUGUCAGACCAAAACAAUCAUCGUGUGAUGAAAUGGAAUAAAGGUACAAGAGAAGGGAUUAUCGUCGCUGGAGGUCAAGGCGAAGGGCAGGCUCUAACACAAUUGUCAUAUCCCAAUGGAGUGUUCAUCGAUACAUUGGGUACUAUCUACAUUGGAGACUCAAGGAAUCAUCGAGUAAUGCGUUGGCCUAAUGGAGCGAAACAAGGAAGUGUCAUUAUGGGUGGAAAUGGUAAAGGAAUAGGAGCAAAUCAGUUGGACUUUCCCAUGGGUUUGUCCUUCGAUCGACAGGGCAAUCUUUAUGUCGUCGAUCAUUAUAAUCAGCGAGUUCAACGUUACUCUAUCGAAUAA